AUGGAGCAUAUGAUCGCCACGCAACACCGGCUACCACCUCGCGAUGAGGCAGUAUCCUGGGAUGUCAACGCUCCCCAUCCUGCGGCGAUCAACGCGGAAUGUAUGGGAGGCCUGAUGACGUUCGUAAACUACUCGUGCAAGUCCAAGGACGAGUUCGUGGAGGUCGUCAACGGACAGCGCACCAUGGUUGUCGUGAUGAUAACGAAGGAGAUCCCCCGCGGCAGGGAGGUCACCGCGGAUUAUGGUGUCGAUCUGUGGUUCGUCUGCCGCUGCCAGCGUGACGGAUGCCGCACCGUGACAGUCAAGAUUAACAAGAUCUGCAAGAAGUCCACGGCGCGUUGGAUACCUCACUGGUUAGAAGGUGCGCGCGUGAAUGUGUUGAAGCUGUUCAAUUGCAGUAGCAGCUCGAAACCUAAAGCUUGUGAUGAGGAAAGCUUGAAAGCUUCCCUUGGUGCUAAUAGAGCUGGUUCCUGCCGAGCGAGGUCGUCCGCCUCUCUCGUUUUGCUUUGGCCGAAGCCGAUAUCGAGAAGAUCUGGUGUUCGCCUCAACUGGAUACAGUCCCAGGUAACAGGCUGUGUAUUUACGUCGACCAGUGGUUCCGAUAUGCGCGAGAUCGAGAUUUUGGCUGUCGAGUAG